AUGGAUAAUGAUAACAAACUAAUUCAUCAUGGUUGGAAAUCUUUUAAAGAAAAUCGUACAAAUUCAGACUUGUAUUCAGAAAAUACAGUGAUUAUGUUUGUACCUACUUUAAUUGGUACAAGAGGAAAUGGUUCUCAAAUCCGUAAAUUCUUUUUACAUCCACAAUUCUCUGAUAAAAUAUGUAUAAUUCAAGAAACAGUGUAUAAUACAUUGAUAUCCAAUCAUAAAUUAAUAGAAGAAGUUGUUUGGAAAGUUCAUUUCAAAGGUUCUGAAUGUAAAUGGUUAUUACCCAACCUUCAAGAGAAUCAUUCUAUGAUAAAUACAACGAUUCAAUUCCCUCUAACGCUUUCUGCUUCUUUUGAUACAAAAAGUCAUAAGAUUGAAUCCAUUCGUUAUUUCUGGGAUCAAGCUUGUAUUUUAAAACAAUUAAAUAUGAUGUCUUCUUCUUUAGUAGUAGGUGAACAACAAAUUGAAACUCUUUGUUCACCUCAUAGAGUACAAUUAACAGGUUUAACUAAUCAAGAUGAAGUCAUGAUGAAACCUUCUUCUUCUCGUAAUAUCUUUACUUAUCAACCUCCUCCUCAACGUCCUAUGGUCAGUCCUUCUAAUAAACUAAAUUCAACUUUUAAAUUUACUCAUGAUGAUGGUACUAGUCAACAAUCAACACAUAAAGAAGCGAUCUCUUCUUCUUUACCUGCUGCUGGUAAACCUACGCCUCGUAUACAUCGUAAUGUCAUUAUUUAA